AUGUCUUUUGUUGCUAGACGUCAAUUGUCCACUUUGAUCCCACCAAAGAUCGCCUCAGUUAAGAACUUGGGCGCCAACCCAAACGCCAAGCGUAUGAACAACGUCGUUGCUUUCUACAAGGCUCUUCCACAAGGUAAGGCUGCUGAAAUUCAACCUCGUGGUGUCAUUGGCCGUUACAGAGCUAAGUAUUUUGACGGUGACAACGCCAGUGGUAAGCCAAUCUUCCACUUGGCCUUGACCAUCUUGAUUGGUGGUUACUCUUUGGAAUACUACUUCCACCACGCUGCCGGUGGUCACCACUAA